AUUAUCCUCUGCUUAUAAGUUUCUGAAGAAGAUAGUAUAGAUACCGUAUAUUGCAUAAAUUAAGACCACUAAAUGAUGAAUGUAUUGUUUUUAGAAGUAACCACGUUGAUAGUUUACCUGGAAACGUAAUUCAGGUUAGUAGAAAGACCAGUUCUAACACAAAAAGUCAUUUACAAAAAUAAUAUUGUUGGUUUUAUCCUUCACUGAGGAGCUAUGGAUAUAAUUCAAUAAAUAACAAGCUAUGAUUAUUUCUGAUUCCCUCAAAGGUUGCUGUCACGACCUAUCUGGUCCAUCUCCCGGUAUGACCAGCAAGGGUCACUGCUGGUGCUUCGGAGCCCACCUUUUGCUUCCCAGUUGAGUCCAGUUCGUGAUCCCCAAUUCUCAAAUAGUAAACGUCAACACCUGAAUUGUAUCAGUCCCUCGUUAGUCUGUUAUAUACGUGUUACCCAGUCCUGUCACGCCAGUUCUGUCAUUAUUCCCUGUUGCCCCCUUUGUGGUUUUUUCCUCCAUUCGUGGCUGCAUUCUUGGGAUCCUUCCACCUAUGCUCACCUUAGGAUGCAACUGAAUGACAGAACUCCCACAGCAGCCCUUGCCUUCCAGGCUGCUCUUCAUCCGGGGGAUAAGAGGGCAACAGGGCCGUGGAAUCCACUGGCACCACCUUGCCUGCAAGCAGAGGACUUCUUUGCCCUAUUGGAUGAAUAGCUGGCAUGGAGGAGAAAUCCCGCAGUAUGGAGGAUCCCAGAGGCCAGAACCCUCUUCCUGUGCGAGGGGAGGUGCUGAUUGGACUCACCCCAGAUCUCCAGAUCAGUAUCUCCAGAAGGGGGAGAAGGUCCGGCAGCUAAUGGCUGAUGUGUGGAGGCUAGUCGACCAUGAGGCCACUCAGCCUGCCGGCCCCCUGCAUCUUGUCAUGACUCAGCACUCUGGCUCCCCACAGCUCGCUGCAGUUCCACCCGCCGGCUCUCCACAGCUUGCCACAGCCCCGGCUGCCAUUUCCAGUUGCCAGAGGAAGAAGCAGAGGAACAUAGUUGUGCCAGUAGCUGCUGCACCGCCUGACCUGGUGCCUCCGGAGUUCUGCUCAGUGAGAGCUGCCCAGGCUCCCAGUUCCAAGAGGGCCGCUUUGCCUAAGUGCCAGGCUCCCGUCCCCGGAAGGGCCACAUUGCCCACACCUGGCCCUGCAGUAGUCGUGCCACCCGAACCUGACCCAGGGAAUGUCAGUGGUCGCUCCCAGUGCCCCGGCUGCUCCCUGCUUGCCUCCAGUUGCCCCAGCUGCUCCCUGCUUGCCUCCAGUUGCCCCGCUGUGCCCUGCUCAUCUCCUGCCAUCCCAUCAGCUCCUGCCUCGUCUCCUGGUGUCCUGACGGCUCCCGUGUUGCAGUCUCCUGGCUCGCCGCCCGCGGUCUCCUCAGUCCCUGCAGGUUACCGCUAGCCUGCCGCCCCAACUCCCUGGUUGCUACCAGGUUAGAUUGGGUACAUCCAGAGAAUACCCUUCCAGAUGACUUAGAGUGGGCCCAAGGGAGGAGCUGUCUGAGUCUCCAUCUCCUGGAGGGGGAGAUAGGUGCACCCCAUCCCACCCGGGCCGCUCUGCUGCAUAGGUAAAGGGUAUGGGACCCGGCGCACACUCCAGCUCCGGCCCAGCUGCCCCCUCGGUGCCCUCCGGUCUGGCUGCCCCCUCAGCUCCCUUCAGUCCAGCUGCCCCCUGGUGCCCUCUGGCUCUUUGAUGCCCUCCGGCCCUUCCAACCCUUGGAUCUCCUCCAGUCCCACUGUUCCGCCUGUGACCAGACUUUUGGCCCGCCAUGGCCAACACUCCACAGACGCUCCCCAUUCCCUUUGGUCUUGCCUGAUUCCCUGUCCUGGAUCCCUUUCGUGUCACCGUCUGCCUUCAGCCUACGUCCUGUGUUUCUGCCUGUCUCUCCAUACCAGUCUCUCUUGUCCAUCUACUUGUCUUGGAGUUUGUGGUGUCUCAUGAUGCCUUUCUGAUCUGUUCUCUUGCCCUUACCAGUUCUAUGCCCCUAGUCCUGCUGUAUGUCCUGUAUUGUGGUUCUGCCCUUCGUGUCUUACCUGGAAUCCACUCUUUGUGCUCAGUGUUACCCAGUGUACCCAGUCCAGUCCUAUGUAUUUCUUGUUUUCUUGGGUCCGUUGUGGUCUGGUCUCUGUCCCUCUUGGUCUGGUCUCUGUCCUGUGUGCUCUGAUCUGGCCAUGUCCUGUCCAGUCUUUGGUCCCGCCUGUCCCAUCCUGGUUGUGGUAGGGUCUCCUAUGACCAAAGUCAAAAUCUUGGGAGGGGGGGCUCUGUCACAACCUGUCUGGUCCAACCUCUAGUAUUGUCAGCUGGGGUCACUGCAGGUCCGGCAGAACCCUUCCAUUGCUUCCCAGGUGUGUCCUGUUCACGAUCCCCAAUCCUCAAGUGGUAAAUGUCAAUGCCUCAAUUAUAUCAGUCACUCGUUACUAUGGUAUAUACAUGUUUCUCAGUCCUGUCUCCCCCAGUUCUGUCUUUG